AUGGGCUGCAAGCUGCGUAACUGUCAUCUCAACUAUCACAAGACGACGCAGCUGACGCAGUACCUGCACGAGGAGGGCUUCAGCCGGCUCGGCACCGUGGGCUGCACGCAGCCGCGCCGCGUCGCCGCCAUGUCAGUCUCCAAGCGCGUCUCCGACGAGAUGGGCUGCAAGCUGGGUGAAGAAGUGGGUUACGCGAUCCGUUUCGAAGACUGCACCUCACCCAAAACAGUGAUCAAGUACAUGACGGACGGUAUCCUGCUCCGCGAGGGUCUAAGAGAACCUGACCUUGACAACUAUUGCGCAAUCAUCAUGGAUGAAGCUCACGAGCGUUCCUUGUCCACCGAUAUGCUGUUUGGCCUGCUCAGAGAGGUACAAAAUUGA